CUAAUUGUUGUGAUAAACUUAUUAAAUAGGCGUUGUUUAUCAUGUCUGGGGUUGGUAGAAAAAUCGAAGGUAUCAUUACCAACAUAUUGGUGUUGGUUGGCGAUGUAGUCGCUUUGAUAACCUACAUACCAAACUACAUCAUUGCUUUCAAAAGCAUUGCGUUGUCUCAGAGAAACAGAGCACUACCAAGUGGGUCCGGUUCUAAAGAGAUCAUUUAUGAUCACGCUGAUGUAGUCGAGGGAAAGCCUUUUCGGUCCAGUGAGUUCUACAAAGAUUCCAAAUCAGUGUACGAGCAAUGGAAAAUUGCAGAAGAGCGGUUUAAGCACCGGGAUUGCGUGGGAUACAGACAGAUCCUGUCGGAGGAAGAUGAGAAGCAGCCGAACGGAAAGGUGUUCCAGAAGUAUGUCAUGGGUGGCUAUAAGUGGCUGUCCUACUCGGAGAUAGAAGAGGCUGCUGACAACUUCGGCAGAGCACUGGCUACUCUGGUGGCGAAGAAUAGCCAGAAGAGGAAUCUGAACAACAAAAAUAUCGUCAUUUUCUCAGAGACUAGAUACGAGUGGGUGGUGGCGUUCUUGGGCUGUGCCAAGUACAACCUCACAGUAGUGACUCUCUACUCCACCCUCAGUGAGGAGGCAGUGCUACAUGGGAUAACGGAGAGUGAAGCUAGUAUACUAGUGGCCAGUGCAGACGGACUCUGUAAGAUCAAGAGGAUAGAGCGGGAGUCCUCGAAUAAUAACGUGUCUACCAUUGUAUGGUUCCCAAACCAGAUCGACAAAGUAACAAAAUCCGAGUUUCCCCAGAACAUUGACGUGUUCAACUACGAGCAGUGCCUGCAACUAGGCAGAGAUAGCCAGGAAUCCCUGCCGGAACCACCAGCCCUGCCCACCCUUUCAGACUUGGCGGUAAUCAUGUACACCAGUGGUAGUACCGGACUGCCUAAGGGGGUGAUGUUGACAAAUGGAAAUCUGCUGGCUGCGAUCGAGAAUCUCCCAGAGUAUAUUGAGGGUAUCGGAGUGAAUGACACCUACAUUGGGUACCUGCCUCUGGCACAUGUACUCGAAUUGACAUGUGAACUCAUUUGUCUGUUUUAUGGCUGCAGGAUAGGAUAUUCUUCACCUCAUACACUUUCCGACAAGGGUACCAAGAUCAGGAAAGGAGACGUUGGAGACGCAGUGGUACUGAAGCCUACCCUCCUCACCGCUGUGCCACUAGUCAUGGACAGAAUAUACAAAGGUGUUCUGGACUUGGUAAAGUCAAUGAGCACUCCCAAAAGAAUGCUGUUCAACUUUGCCAUGCGAUACAAGGCAAGACAGAUCUCCAGACAGUUCCCAACUCCCAUAAUCGACUUCAUCGUAUUCAGAAAGAUCGCCAACUCACUCGGAGGACGAGUUCGUUACCUGCUCUCGGGCGGAGCGCCUCUUUCGGCCUCGACUCACGAGUUCAUGAAGAUAUGCUUCAGUUGUCCAGUGGUUCAAGGUUACGGGUUGACUGAAACUACAGGUGGAAUUUCGUGUGUGGACAGAUAUGAUAUGCAACUAGGUCAAGUUGGCGGACCGACUCGGGGGGCGACGAUCAAAUUGGUGGACUGGGAGGAGGGUAAUUACUGCGUGACUGACAAACCGAACCCGAGAGGAGAAAUCGUAAUCAAGUCAAAGCAGGUGGCAGAAGGCUACUACAAAAACCCAGACAAGACUGAAGAGAGUUUCGUGCGCAAUGACAAAGGAGAGACAUGGUUCUACUCUGGCGACAUUGGGGAGAUAGACUCUCUGGGCAGACUGAAGAUCAUAGACAGGAAGAAGGACCUGGUGAAGUUGGCAACUGGCGAGUAUGUGUCCCUCGGAAAGGUGGAAAUGCUCAUCAAGACCAACAGGUUUGUGGAGUGUGUGAUGGUGUACGCGGAGAGCACUGAGAACUACACGGUGUGUGUGAUAGUGCCCAAUGAGAAGGCCACUCUGGAGUUGGCUGCCCAGCUGGACAUUGAGGACAAUUCGAUGGAGGGACUGUGUCAGAACCAACAAAUACAAAAGGCCAUAUUCGAUGACAUCAAGACACAUGGUCAUCAGAAGAAGUUGGACCGAAUGGAGAUGCCUCAGAAGAUGGUGCUGACCCCGGUGGUAUGGACUCCAGAUACAGGCCUAGUGACAGACAGCUUCAAACUGAAGAGGAAAGAACUUUCUAGAACAUUCGCGAAGGAACUAGCCGGCAUGUACAGUCCCCGGGAUUACUGAGAUUAAUAACUGAGAAUACAUUAACAGAAAGAAGGACAAAUUCAGAGCCCCGAAAGCGUAAUUAUUUCAAACGAAAAUUAAUCGGAGACUACGUUGUGGCUUACAGAAUGAUUCAGAAAGUUACUUUGGUUGAAAAGUGCAGAGCCCGAGGAACCAGAAGUUGAGAAUCUUAUUGAAAGAAUUACCAUCGGCUGCCGAAAAUUGAAUACGAUGCUAAAAGAGUUAUUUUAAAUUUAUGACCAAUAAAUUAAAUGAACCAUGCCUUAAGUUAUUGGCUACUUAAUUCAAAAAUAACUUGCAAUCUUCAAUAUGCAAUUUAACGGCACAAAAUCAACCAAUCGACGUUCACUCAGGAUGCGUACUAAUUUUUCCUCCUUUUUCUCGCCAAAACUUUCUGAAAAUUAAUAAAGCGAAAUCAGUUUUUUCAAAAACUUUCUUGGAGCAAGAAAUUAGAAAGUUUUGCUGCGAUGUAUAUUCAUGUGAUUUGGUAGUUUUUGAUUGUAAUUUAAUUUGAAUCUCGCUGUACCUUGUUUCAUUAGUUUGUUUUGGUGAAUUUUUAUAGCGAGCAGUUUGUAGAUUAAGUUAAACUUGCCCUAACGUUGUGGUUUUGGAAACGUGCCGGAUAUUUUUGUACGUGAUCCAUUGCUAGUCAUCAAAUAGCUUGGUGUAUUUUCCUUGUCUCGAGUAUCUAAAUGCUGUCUCUAGUAUCUAAAUGCUUUUUCAUGAGAUUAUUGGCAAGAAAAAUGGUUCUAUGGGUUCAACAAAUGGGUUCCUUAAAUUUAAAAUAAUGGGAGUUAGCUUGAGAAAAGCAGAAGUGACGAUUUUCAACGUAACUUUUGUAAAUGGACGAUACAGACUUAUUUGACACAUCAUAGCGUACUAGAGCACUUAAGCAAACUGGGAAUAUCUGGAAAGGAACCAAAUUGCGAUGAAAUUGUUUUGAAGUAAUGGGUGGUAAACAAAAAAUAAGACAUAUAAGUAAUUGAAAAGACAUAAAUUGGUAAUGAAGAAGUAAUUUAUACGGUAUAUUUUGUCAAGUGCUGUGCACGAUUUUAUUUUAAAUUAUUCGUUUGCCAAAUAGAUGCAAUAUUUAUUUUGUUACUUGCUGGCGGCCUUACUCAUGCCCAACUCACUCUUCAUCGUCUUGUAAAUUGAUCUGAGAAGGUGACGCAAACGACCUAUGGAGUUGGCCUUGAUCUGGAGCAAGUCAAUUUUAAAACUAGUGCUUCACUCGUCUAUAUAUUCUGAUCUGAUGUAGGUAAUAGAGUCUGAGUCUGAGAGCUUUGGAGAGAUAGCGAAGCCUCCCAAUAACGUAGCUUCUAGUUCUUUUCUCGCACUAUACCCCUUCAAAGGCGAAGAGAUAAUCUGCACGGCUUCAGGUGAAGGAUUUGCUGAUUGUGCAACUGUGCAAUGUCCGUAAUGCUGUACUUAUCUUAAUCUAAAUUUCACAUACUUGUACGUAUUUGUUUCUUAUCUAAAUCCUUUUGAUAAUAAAUAAGUUUACAGGAUCAAGCCAAUUCAAACUUUAUAGUA